AUGGCCAAGUGGGGCGAAGGUGACCCACGAUGGAUUGUGGAAGAGCGCCCGGACGCAACAAAUGUGAACAACUGGCAUUGGACGGAGAAAAACGCCGGCCCGUGGUCGAAAGAUCGAUUGAAAGAACUUUUCAGUGAUUUGAAAAUAGCUCAAAACGGCAUUGUCUGUAGUAUUACUGAAGUAGAAAAAGUCGACGGCGAAGCAUCAGCGAACAAUAGAAAAGGAAAAUUAAUAUUUUUCUAUGAAUGGGACAUAAAGUUGAAAUGGGAAGGUGUGUUGGCUGGAGGUAGUGAAAAAAUCAAGGGAGAGAUUCACAUCCCGAACUUAUCCGAAGAAAAUGACGUCAGUGAAGUGGACAUGACAGUUACAAUUAAAAGUAACGGAGAUGAAGCCCAGAGAGUGAAAGCAUUUAUGCAUCAUGUAGGGCGGGAAGAGAUCCGAAAACAACUCCAAGAGUAUAUUCGAAGUCUAAAAGAAGAGUUCUCAAAAGGCCUCAUUCUGCCAAAGAAAGGCGAAUCUUCCGUCAAACCUGACAAUGUAUCAACAAUCACAAGUGGAUUUAAUAAAAAAAUCAAUAUGAACCCAAUAAUCUCACCACAGACUAAUAAAGUUGGCUGUAAACUGGAUACAAAGACAAUUGAACUAUCAGAGAAAUUUCAAUGUCGAGGACAAGAAUUUUAUGAUGCUAUGACUAGAAUAGAGAUGGUGACUGCCUUCACUCAGGGUCAUGUAAAGCUAGAUCCCGAGAAAGGUGGAAAAUUUGCCUUAUUUGGUGGUAAUGUUACUGGAGAAUUUAAAGAACUCGUCCCAGGAAAGAGAAUCGUUCAAUAUUGGAGAUAUAAGCAAUGGCCUGAACAACACUACUCAGAAGUGACAUUUAAUAUUGAAGAGAAGGAUGACCACACUCUAGUCCGACUCAAACAAGACCUUGUGCCUGUCGCUGAGGUUGAGAAGACCCGUGACAACUGGCAACGAUACUACUUUGACAGUAUUAAGCGUGCUUUCGGAUUUGGAGCGUUCCUGUGAUCCAUGCACACUCGUAGGGAAAUUAGAUUUAAUUUUAAUGAAAACUCAAACAAUGCUGCUUCGGAACAUGGAUAUUUCACUUCAAUUGCAAUGUGCCGGUUUUUAUUUUGCACUUUCUGUGACGCGUCUGUGAUUUUAUAAGGAAUAUCUGUGUAUCAUGGACAUUGUGAAUUUCAAACUAGCAAUAUGGACACGAAUACGAUUUGUUUUUAGUACACUGUAAUUGUAGAUUUGAAAUUUAAUGAAUGGUAAUAUAGUGGAAGAAAGCUUCUCAGGAUUUUUUUAUGUAAGUCUUCAUAGAUAUAUGCAAGUG